GUUUCAAGUUCAUGGUCGAGGGCGCAAAACCGCCCUCUUCUGCGAACUAGCUUGGUGGCGCUGUAUAGUCGUUGGUAAUUGGCCAAUGUGGUUCCAGAAGGUACGUGCAUGAAAGUACGCUUACACAGCAGGACACUAGAACACUUCUGUACACCGAGGGCGUUCUCAACCGUGGAAGUCAGGAUCAUCGCUUACAAAAAUGUUACUUACCCCACACUUUUGUCUGUUGUGCUGUCCAACUAUUGAUGGUUCAAUUCUUCUGCAUUGCGCAGAGUCAUUCAUCCCACUCCACACAGAGAUCAAGCAAAUCUACCGCAGCAAGAUGGCAAAUCACCAAGACGAACUUUGGAGCCCAGUAACGACUGAUUAUGAUUUCUGGCAAACCAAUGACGAUUUCAGCACCUUCAGCAGUCAACAGGAAAUCGGACGCGAGCCUACUCGUCGCACAUCUUCGAAUCAGAUCAACAACUUCGAAUCGACCAGAACAUACUCUUGGAGCACAAACAAUGCAAGUGUGCCUAGGACUGUGGAGGUUUUUUCGGCUCUCGAUCUUGAAGCCCUUGGUUGCAACGACGCGGGUCUUGAACUUCAAACUCUGCUGCAUCGAGAUCUCACGGCUACAAACAAUGAGGACAUCGGCUCGGCCGCCCUUAGAGAAGCUCAAUUUCGACCUCCUCCAGAAGAAGAACCCGAAUACACCAUACGUCGGGAAAUUCUUAAUGAGACGCCACGCUCCAACGCAGGUCCAACACCAGAGGAAUGGGAAGCAAAGAAGCCCGAAAUAUACGCAUUGUACGUUGAGCAGAGGUGGUCCUGCCGAGAAGUAAUGGAAAAGAUGGCGGAUAGGGGAUUUUAUGCAACGGUUCCAAUGUACAAACGAAGAUUCAGCAAAUGGGACUGGCCAACCUACCGUACCAGAUCCAAGGGAUCUCGAGGCAAUCCAUCUAUCCGGAGAGCGGGAAGAGCAACUCGAAAAACAACUUCAAACCUUUCACUAGCCCAGCAUGACGAGCUUACUCAUGUUGGCGUAUGCAAUACACUCGCUGCCUUUAAAUCUCCUCCAUCCAGCUUUGCGUACGUCAGCACGAUCAACCCGAGGUUCAUGCUCUUACCUGGGAGCGACGAGACGCUCAAGAUCAUUCUGCACGACGUCAAAAGACUGUACUCUCGAGAAAUUUCUCAAGGGAACUGGAAAGUCACGAAUCGUUGCGAAGUCGAAGAGGACGUUCACGACAAUUUACUUGCCGGAAUUGGAACUGCUCUCCGGAACCUUGAGUCAUUAGGAGACGAGAUCGGCUUCCUGGGUAUCCGUAAAGCCUUCAUGACUCUAGAAGGCGUAGUCUCUCGCUGUGGAUUGUUCUCCCUCCCCGCCAUUUGGGAAUCGUUCCUGAGAUUGAUACUGAAGAAGCGCCCGGACAUAGCACAGAGCUUCCUUACACAAGCUAUUCAACUAGCCGUCAAAUUCGGUCACGAGCAGCACCAUGAAUUUGUUCAGGUGCUUGUCAACCUUCAGAAGAUUCAAAAGACUGCCCCAGAGCAGCUCCAGAAAGUCGUCUGCGAAGCGUACCGUAGCUGUAUCGAUCACCUGAAAUCGAUGCUCAGUGUUGAUCAUCUUACCACCCUUCAACUCUGGUCCGACUUCGUCGUAUAUCUGGACCGUAGCUCAGUCAAUGAAGCCAAAGCCGCUGUCAAAGCUUUCCGAAAGCUGAUUAAAAAGUCGGAAAAGGACAACGGAAUAGACGAUGACUACACCCUUGAAUUACUCGGCUUGACCCUUUACCUGUUACAAUCCACGCCUUCGAUGGCUGAUGAAGCCGAGAUAGUCGCUCUCGAUAUGCUUGUUCGGGUCAAUCGAAGGACUGAAAAGGGCGAGAAGUUGAAGGGGGCCUUGUUGAUUACUUGGAAGGACCUAAAGCAUACUCUAGGCGAUUUUUGCCAUGCUAAAGGGGAAGAUAGCAUGGCGAUUACGCACCUAGAGGAAUACCUCGAGCAUGGAGUUGAGGAUGAUCGGGAUAUCAUCGCACUGGAGAAAUUGGAAGAGUGGCAUACGCUGUUGGAAAAUCACGAAAGAGCGAGCUAUAUGCGCCGGUGGCGAGAGACCAGUGUUCGCGAAAUAUCGCAGGAGGGCUACAAAAUCCCACGCGAGAAGGAACCAUCAAACGACGAAAGUGAAUUCGAGGAUGGAGAUGGAGAGUCUGAGAACGCAGGCAGUAGCGAAGCGACUGUAGUAGACCAAGCUGAGACACGAGAUAGCAAAGUUGGGGAGCGUGCUGACGUGGGCGAGGACGGGGAGGAAGAGGACGACGAGAAUGUCCAAGUGGAAAUGCAGCUUUUUCGGGAGCAGGAAGAGCAUCGAGAACGAGCAUUGGCUCUAUUGCAGAAAUAGCAUGAUCGAUGACAGGAGAGCAUGCAAUUUUGCAAGUGUUUCAGGCGACAAGUGGCGUUUCUGCUGUGUUGAGUAUGGCUGGUGUUUGAGGACGGGCAUGUACCUUUAGACUUUCUAUUCUGGUC